GUCACAGUGGAAGGCGGCAAAACAGUAGUGCGUUCAGUUCGUGCAGGGUGACAGAAAACGUUCAAACUAAGUGGCAGCGUUUCAACUUCAAAAUGGUGAAAAGCUGCUGUGUGCUUAGCUGUAAAAACGCUUUCACCAAAGACUCGGAUCUUUCUUUUCAGAGAAUACCGAGAGACCCGGAAGCGAGGAGGAAAUGGCUCUCUGCGAUCCGGAGAAACAACUGGAACCCAGGCGAAGAUACCUGGAUCUGCGGUUGCCAUUUUGUGUCAGGGAAAAGGAGUUAUGAUCCCCGGCACCCCGACUUCGUGCCGAGUUUGUUCCAGUACACCACCAUCGCUGGUCGAGUCCAGGCUGUCAAGAACCUGAAGAGUUACCUACAGAGGAAGGCGGUCACCAAGAAAAACCUGCUCGCCAGCACAAAUAGAGAGGUGGCUGCCAUGCCUGACCUGAGCCUGCAGCGAGUUUCCGCAUCAGUGAUAGAGGCACACAAUGUUCAAUUCCAAGUCAUCGAGAUCCAGACGGAGAGGGCCCCCGCUGACAUCGCCCCCUUAAUUGAACGCGUCGAAUCGCUGAAUGCUGAUGUGAUUAAAGAGGAGCCACACGAUGGGAUCACCUCUUUUCACCACCAGCUUCAAUCUUUAAAUACUGAAUUAACAGGAGAAGAGACACACCCUGACAUCACCUCUUUACACGAUCAGACUGAACCUUUAAAAGGUGGAAUCAAGACGGAGGAGGAGCACAUGGACAUCACCUCCUCACAUGGACACAAUCCGUCUCUAUGGGCUGAAGUUAAACCCGAAGACACAUCCACUGAAUUGGACUCCCUACAUGUUCAGUUUGAAUCUAUGCAAGACGAAGUGAAGACAGAGAACCAUGUGGACGUCGCCCCCUGGUGUGGACAGGUGGAACCUUUAAAUGCUGAAGUGAGAACAGAGGAGACGAACGGCGACGUCGCGUCUCUGCAUGAACGGAUUCGGUCUCUGAACGCCGAGUGUCAGUCUCUGAGGGAUAAAGUUCACCGACUAGAAAACACGGAGUCAGUGCAGGACGUCAUCAUGAAGGCCGUCCCCAGACUCAACGAGCGGGAUUAUCAGGAUCUAAUCACACAUCUGGCCGGCAUCGGUGUGAAGACAGAAUGUGGUAUACAGCUUGUUACCUUUAAAGAGUUAAAAGAUAUCGUCCCACUUCUUGGGGGCCAAAGACUCGUCAACGUCCUCGGGAACAGAGGCAGUAAAAAUGUUACACCUGGCAAGCUAAGGAACUCUAAGCCAGGCUCCUCAUGUUCUAACAUAUCACCCAUCGCCCCUAUUCAGAGCAAUGACUGGGUGUCGUCGUAUCAAGUCCCAUGGGAGAAAAUGAGUCCACAUUUGCGACAAUGUGUCGCACAAGGCAAGCGACCCAGGAAGCAGGACCAUUUGGCCAUGGUGAGAAUCAUUGUGGAUUCAAUCCGUGAAUUAUGCUUGAACCCUUCCAGAGGCCAGUGUUCACAAAUCGCCAAAGGAAUCACUGACAAGUACCCCCAAAGCUUUGCUGAUCUAACACGGGAAGGAGAGUGGAUUGGCUGUGGUUAUGGCUCCUUGUUGAAGAAGAUAAAAUCGAGGAUUGAAAACGUAAACCGUGACAACAGACAGGUGAGAGUUAGAAGAGUGAAACAUCGACGGAUUGAUGACCGCAAGCCUGUAUCCAGCAUCAAGGCUUCAGCGUCAGAGUGUUCAAAAACGGAAAGUUAUGGCUGCACCCUGAUGGCUCCAAAUGCCAGGCAAGGUACAUGGUCAGCCGGGCUACUGGCAGGAGGAUCCACAGGAAGAUCUCCAGCCUCAACGACCAUGUGGCAACUCUCAUCAGAGAGAUCGUGGACUUUGUCUGACGGCAUCCCUGAAACCCACAGACAGUGACACAUACAACACUAUUGUUAUUCUUUUUUAUGCUGGUGGUCAUCCUUUUCAGCAUAACCAAGAUAAAAAACUACUCUGCUCUAUAAAUGUGUUCGAUGUUGAUGACUGACUGGCCAUAGCACACACACAUUACACCUUGCACCACUCUUUUCACUCUCUCUCUUUUGUGCACCUGAUUUUUGUCCGUUUGACAGUAACAGGUGGAGGGCGGGGCUUAAUUUAUGUAACAGGCCAAACAAUUUUGGCAUGGAGGGAAAGUUAAAGUGUCUUUGACCACUUUGUAAAGUUACAUUAUGAAAACAAUAACAUGACAUGCUUUGUUUGUGCAGUCUCUACUGGGAACGAGUGGAAACUAAUCUUUAUCUUGUAGUGGGACUACAAGUUGCUACAGGGUGGCACACAACAAUGCAAUGCCGACUUCCUUCCUCCUCUUUCUUUGCUAUAUCUUCAUCAACCGUGAGAAAGCGGGAAGUACUCAUCCGCACACUUGUAUCCCAGAAGUUGAUAGAUGCCAUCUUGUGCACGGAGCGGAUUGCAUCGUUGUGAAGAGAUGUGGUCUCACACAUUUCCAAGUUGCCCUCAGGAACCUGGGGUAAUUUAUCAUUACACGAUCAAUCAUUUUGAUGAUCAAAUGAAUAAAGCAACUUCAGACAGGACAAAUGUUAAAGUAAUUAUUUAUUGGGUAUGGUUUCUUUACAGAACCAUAUUGUUAGUAAAUUCCCAGUAAAA